UGAUGCAUAAAAGGCAGCGCGCCAGUGGGCAGAGCAGCAGAAAUCAAACGGCGUGACCAUGAGCGCAAAGAUCGUCUUCUUCGAGGGGAGGAACUUCCAGGGCCGCUCGUACGAGUGCGUCGGCGACUGCUCCGAGAUCAGCUCCCACCUGAGCCGGUGCAGCUCCUGCCGGGUGGAGAGCGGCACCUUCAUGGUGUACGAGCGGCCCAACUACACUGGCCAGCAGCACCUCCUCACCCAGGGGGAGUACCCGGAGUAUCAGAGCACCAUCGGCUUCGACGACUGCAUCCGCUCCUGUCGCAACGUCCCCGCGCACCAGGGACCCUUCAAGAUGAGGAUCUACGAGGGGGCGAACUUUGAGGGGCAGAUGAAGGAGCUGACGGAGGACUGCGACUCCAUCCAGGACCACCACCACAUGUCGGAGAUGCAGUCCUGCAACGUGAUGGAGGGCCACUGGCUGAUGUUCGAGCAGCCCAACUACGAGGGACGCAUGUUCUACCUGAAGCCCGGGAAGUACAGGGACCUGACGGAGAUAAGCAGCGACGACGUGAGGUUCAACUCCAUCAGGCGCAUCACAGAAUCGUUCAUAUCCAACCAAUAGGUUUGGCAGACGCGUUGUUUAAUUAACAUUAAAAAGACGUCGAAGUGAGAGGCACGAGCAAGGAGCCUGGUUUUUAUUCUGAAACUGUGAUUUGUGCAUCGUUUGCAUGUAGUUCCAGUUGUACUGUGCAAUCCAGCCACGAUUCAUUUACCUCCAAAACUGUGUGACGCGCGCAAUAAAAGCAUUUGGUGCACA